ACCUCUGUCCUCAUCUCCUCCGGACUCAGCCAGGUGCUGACCUGCUACACUGUCUCCUCUGGUGGAGGGAUCAGAAUACCACAGAGUUUCAUCCCUGUGGAGUUCCGGGAAGCCACGCCCUCCACGCCCCUUCCCAGCCAUCAGCCCAGCCAGCCCUGAGCCAGUCCGGAAUGAUCCGGCUAUGGCCAAGCUCUGGUUCAAGUUCCAGCGGUGUUUCCGAUAUUUCCGCCGGAAGCCCGUGCGCUUCUUUACCCUGCUGGCUAUAUACCUGACCGCCGGGAGCCUCGUCUUCCUGCAUUCGGGCUUCGUGGGCCAGCCUGCUGUGCCCCAAAGCCAGGCCAGCCCCGCGGCGGGGAGCCCGGUAGAAGCGGAGCUGCCCUUCCUGGGUGACCUGCACUUGGGCAGAGGUUUCCGGGACGCCGGGGAGGCCUCCAGCAUCACGCGCAGGUACGGACCCUCGCUCAAGAGCAAGGACACCAGCGAGAGAGCCAAGCUGGGCGACUACGGAGGAACCUGGAGCAGAGCCCUCAAGGGGAGGGUUGUCCGGGAGAAGGAGAAGGAAAAGGAGGAGGAGAGAGCCAAGUACAUCGGCUGCUACCUGGACGACACUCAGAGCCGGGCUCUGCGAGGUGUGUCCUUUUUCGACUACAAAAAGAUGACAGUCUUCCGUUGCCAGGACAACUGUGCUGAACGGGGUUACCUGUAUGCUGGGCUGGAGUUCGGAGCCGAGUGCUACUGCGGCCACAAGAUCCAGGCUGCCAACGUGAGCGAAGCGGAGUGUGACAUGGACUGCAAGGGAGAGCGCGGCAGCGUGUGUGGCGGCGUCAACCGCCUGUCCGUCUACCGGCUGCAGCUGGCCCAGGAGUCUGCCCGAAGGUAUGGGAGCGCGGUGUUCAGGGGCUGCUUCCGUCGACCCAACAACCUCUCCCUGGCCUUGCCCGUGACAGUCGCCAUGCCAAACAUGUCUGUGGACAAGUGUGUGGACCUCUGCACAGAGAAGGAGUAUCCCCUGGCAGCUCUUGCCGGCACUGCCUGCCACUGUGGGUUCCCCACCACACGGUUCCCUCUUCACGACCGGGAGGAUGAGCAGCUGUGUGCACAGAAGUGCAGUGCCGAGGAGUUUGAGAGCUGCGGGACGCCCAGCUACUUCAUCGUGUACCAGACGCAGGUCCAAGACAAUCGCUGCAUGGACAGAAGGUUCCUCCCAGCCAAGUCUAAGAAGCUCAUUGCUCUAGCCAGCUUCCCGGGCGCCGGCAACACAUGGGCCCGACACCUCAUCGAGCUGGCCACCGGCUUCUACACUGGCAGCUACUACUUCGAUGGCUCUCUGUACAACAAAGGGUUCAAAGGUGAGCGGGACCACUGGCGUAGUGGGCGGACCAUCUGCAUCAAGACCCAUGAGAGCGGCCAGAAGGAGAUCGAAGCCUUUGACGCAGCCAUUCUGCUCAUCCGCAACCCGUACAAGGCCCUCAUGGCGGAGUUCAACCGCAAGUAUGGAGGCCACAUAGGAUUUGCUGCCCAUGCUCACUGGAAAGGCAAAGAGUGGCCCGAGUUCGUGAGGAACUAUGCCCCGUGGUGGGCCACGCACACGCUGGACUGGCUCAAGUUUGGCAAGACGGUCCUGGUGGUGCACUUCGAGGACCUGAAACAGGACCUGUUUGCGCAGCUGGGCCGCAUGGUCAGCCUGCUGGGCGUGUCGGUCAGGGAGGACCGCCUGCUGUGCGUGGAGAGCCAGAAGGAUGGCAACUUCAAGCGCUCCGGGCUGCGCAAACUGGAGUAUGACCCUUACACGGCUGACAUGCGCAGAACCAUCGCCGCCUACAUCAGGAUGGUGGACGCCGCGCUGCGCAGCCGCAACCUCACCGGGGUGCCCGAUGCCUAUGGCCCAAGAUGAUGGGCAGCCAGGGAGGGGCCCAGUACCCCCACACCCCACGGCUUCAAAGAGCUGGCUUCCCUCUGGCAUGAAGACAGCUCCAGGCUUCUGCCUGCCUUCAGAGAGGCCCGUCCUAGGUCUGGGGAGGAGACAUCCAGACGCCUUCCCCCUGGAGAAGUGUGGGGUGUCCCUGUCCCUGCCAUUGAUGGGAGAAGGGAGAUGGUAGUCAUGGAGACGACAGUGGUUAGGAGGUUCUGAAUGAGGCAGCUGAUGACCCUCCCAAGCUGACUAUGUGGGCCCCUGCCUUUUCCCUGAGCAAGCACUGGCUCUCUGAUCUCUCUCAGGCCACCUCUGUGUGACAGGCAGACGGCUGGGACCUGUUUCCGUUGCCUUGGGUGUCUGACUUCUGAGGUACAGAGACUGGUGCUUUGGCACCACCGUGGCAGCCGCCCCCAGGCUAAAGCACAUAAGAGACCCAACCUGGGUGCCGUUCCACCUGUCCUGGGCGCCAGAACCCUGUCCUGCCUGCCCGUGCUGUGUCUUGGGGGUGGGGAUGACACUGGGGUUCUUGAUCCUUCUCCUAAAGGCCCUUAGGUACCAAAAAACCAACCCAACAGGUUGGCUCUGUGCCACAUACAAAGCCCAGCGACCCAACUUUUGCAGGGUGUGGACCAACACGGCUAUCUUAACACUGCCCUCCUGAUCCCUCAGCCAGGGCAGAGAACAAAAGAGCUCCAACUCGGAGCCACGCCCAAAACAGUCUGCCUACCCUCCAAGCCAUCAGCCCCCCCUUUCCUUGCUGGUAGCCCAACAGGCCCAGUCCCCACUCGGGACUCCUUAGAAAUGGGGUAAUGGAUGGCUCUCGAUCUCCAUUGUACCGCUGCUCUCUCAAUGCUGAGACACCAAAGGAUUUGUGACUUGAGUCACUGAUCAUGUUUUUAAAAGCAUGCAUCCAGGAUCCCGUCUCCCCAGGAUCCCUGUGGCUUCCCCCUCCAGCCCGCACCUUCGCCACUCCCAUUGCAUAAACGUAAAAGCCAUAGUCACGGCCCCCUCGCUCUUCUGUCCGGAGCAGCCACUUAAGUCUUGGGGGGGGGGGGGAAGACAGUCGAACCCUCGUUCCCGCCUAGCCAAGGAACCUUGGAAAAGGUUCUCGAAAAGAGAUCUAUAUUUUUUUAAAAGGAAUAUGACCAAGACAUUCUGCCCCUUGGACACUGGCCACACCAAAAAGAAGGGCCAAAAAAACACUGGACCUGCUCCCCUUCUCAGAUGCCCUCACCUGGAGGGUUUGGGCCACCCCGGGGCUCAGCCAGGGGGCUCUGAAUGUAUUUUGUACGGUGUUUCCCCACCCCAGACUAAUUUCUAGUUUUCUUUCACUGGCUGGUAGAGGGGCCUGUUCCCCCUCCUGCUUAGAGGUUGGCUCUUCCUGAGAUUCUCUGGUUCCAGACCCUGGGCUGUAGUUCCUUGCUAGUGGCCACCUCUGGUCACGAACUUUCUGUUCAAAGAUUCCUCAGGUCAACAGUAUCAUUAAAAGAGUUUUGUUGCUA